AUGUAUCUGUGGUUUCUUUUCAUUUCUAUUGAUUUUUCAUCUACAGAGGGAAUAUCAUGUUUUUCAUGUGAUUCUGCCGAGGCUCCUGAUCAGUGUACACAACUAACACAGUGUGGUCCAGAUGAUGUAUGCUACCUAGAACAUUAUGUCCGGAGGGAUGGAAAAAGAUUAUACAGAGGCGGUUGUAGAAGCAAAACGGUGUGCCAUAUUCAAACAUGUUUAUCAAACAAAGUGAAAUCUGACCCAAUACUUGUUGGAAAACGAGAUGAUUCCGUAGGAACUAUUUGCGCCGAGUGCUGUAACAGACAGCUUUGUAACCUCAAGCUGUGUAACUUUGACAGGAUAAGUGACGAUGACCCAAAUAAACCUCCGAGAUGUUACAGUUGUGAUGAUAUUUUACAUCCAGAAAAAUGCGGAGGCAUGAAAAUAUGCAACUUGAAUGAACAAUGCAGGGUAGAAGUGUAUUUUUCUAACAUUCACAAAGAAAUUCGAUAUCGCAGUGACUGUUACAGAGCAGCGGAGUGCAAUGGGCCACAAGACUUUCACCUUCCCGCCGAAUCAGUUGGGAGACGUAAUACUGAACAAGAAAUAACUAACAUACAAAUAUUGUCUGAAUGUUGUAACACAUCUUUGUGCAAUAACUUCAAUCCUUACAACAAAACUGGCCAUGACAGCGUUGGCAAGAUCACGGCAGUGGAUACCAAUUGUCCUACAACACCAACUACAGCUGGUACUCUUACAACGACUACAACCUCUACAACGACUACAACCUCUACAACUACAACGACCAUGCCAACUACAACCAAACUAACAACUCCAAAACCAACUACUCCAACAACGACAACCACGCCUACAACUACCACCACGCCUACAACUACCACCACGCCUACAACAACCACGCCGACAACCACCACUACGCCAACAACCACCACCACGCCAACAACCACCACCACGCCUACAACGACAACUACGCCUACAACGACAACCACGCCAACAACCACCACCACGCCUACAACUACCACCACGCCUACAACAACAACCACGCCUACAACUACCACCACGCCCACAACCACCACGCCGACAACCACCACUACGCCAACAACCACCACCACGCCUACAACCACCACCACGCCUACAACGACAACCACGCCUACAACAACAACCACGCCUACAACCACCACCACGCCCACAACAACCACAACGCCUACAACCACAAGCACGCCUACAACAACCACAACGCCUACAACCACAACCACGCCUACAACCACCACCACGCCCACAACCACAACCACGCCAACAACCACCACCACGCCCACAACCACCACAACGCCUACAACUACCACCACGCCUACAACUACCACCACGCCUACAACCACAACCACGCCAACAACUACUACAUUGGUACCGACUUCAUGUUAUGUAUGUAAUGGACCGCCAUUUGUUUGCGAGUCACACGUGAGGCGUCAGACAUGUAGCACCGUGGACCAGCAGUUCUGUCUCAACAGGUUUGUCAACAACGACGACGGCACGAGAUCUGUGUUUAGAAGCUGCGGCACGGAGAACGACUGUAAGAUACAGUGGCUGGCAGCGACGUCCGACCGACAUGAAUGCACUGACUACGACACAACGCAACUACAUCUGUAUAGCUUCGAAUGCACGUAUUGUUGCACGUCGGCCUUCUGUAACCGCGACCUAGUGCCGGCUAAAGCCGACUUGUACGUCGGAAUUAACCAAGGAUGA